AUGGCACCCACCAAGCUGCCUUUCCUCCUCCUGCUCGCCCUUCUCCUCCUCCCAGCGUCCGGCCUCGCCGCCGGUUUCGGCGCAAGCGCCUUCAACAUAACCAAGAUCCUCGCCGCCUUCCCGGAGUUCAGCGUCUUCAACACAAUGCUCACCGACACCAGCCUCGCGUUCGCCAUCAACAGCCGCGAGAAGGUCACCGUCCUCGCGCCAAACAACACCGCCAUCUCCGCCGUGUUCCGCAGCGUCCCGCGCAUCCCGAGGUCGUUCCUGGCGGACCUCCUCUCCCUCCACGUCGUGACCGACUACCUCGACGAGCCCAGGCUCGCCGCGCUGCAGCGCGGACGAAGGGGCGACGGCUCCGUGGUCACCACGCUGCUGCAGACCAUCCGCCCCCCGCCGCGUGGCGCCGGGUUCCUCCGCGUCGCCUCCGGGGCCGGCAACUGCACCACGUUCUCCUCGGCGGCGCCCGGCGGGCCUCGGAACGCCACGUUCGAGAGGCAGGUCUUGGUGCAGCCGCCCAGCGUGUCAGUGCUGCAGGUGAGCGGCUUCGUCGUCCCGCCGGGCAUCAGAUUCCCGCAGCCGUUUCCGCCGAGGGCGAGGCACAUGGCAGCGCCUCCUCCGAGACAGGCCCCGGCGCCGGCGCCGGGGCCCCAACCGCCGCUGUCUGGGUACGGCCCGCUCGUACCGACCCCGAUCAAGCCGUUUCCUACACCAAACCUCACAGAUACUCCGCCGCCGGUGCCAGAGGAGGAGACAGGAGUCAUUCCGAUACCUAGCGUCCACGGUGGCAUGGCGGCGAAGCUACCAUCGGCUGCCGGACACGGACCGGCGAGCUGGUGGAGUGGACUCGCCGUGGCGCUCGGGAUCACGUCUUGGCUGCUCGGGCGUUUGUAAUAAGUAGGGUAGCUUGAGAUAGACCGUGGCGCGUCGGCCCUGCUUGGCUCAACUUAGUUUAAUUCAUUUUAUCCCUUCCAUUUCGUGAUCUGUAGUCAGUUUUCUAUGAAGUGCAACAUGCAAAUUUGAUUUGAUAUGAUCAAGGUAUCGAA